UAAAAUUGCAACCUUAGGGGUUUAAUUAUUUUGUCAAAACACAAAGUGUUCACAUGGGAUUUACCCAACCAAUUUAAGAGCAGUGGACUUUUACCUUUAUAACUCACUACACACAUUUCCUGGUAGCCAGACAGUCCGUUUUAUUUUCCUGACGGUGGCUCUGAGGCUGAUUCACAGGUCAUUUCUCAGGCUAGGUCUGCAUGGACUGCUAAGAAGACUCUUUAAAGCCUCUAAGUAUCUGCAACUCUUUUGUCAGGACUAUUUUCUCUAAAUUCUCCCACCAUCACAACAAAUUUACCAGUUUACUACUGGAACUGGACUGUACACACAUCAAAAGAUUGAAGAGUGACUGCGACAGGGUGAGUUGUUGUCUCCAAAGAAGAGCCAAAGGAUCAAUUUGAAGGAUCUCAUGACAAGUUAUAGCAACGGGGCAUUCUUCAACCCUGCCUACCAUGACAGCGAGACUCUGGAAAUUGAUAGGUCUUCCAGCAAAACCCACCACACUAACCCCUAUGCCGGGGGUGACAGGGCAGUCGCACAGUACUCGACCGGUCUGGCCAGCAGUGAUCAUGCUGCAGGCAGAGUACCUUGGGGGGGCUGGCAGGAGGAGAGCUGGAGGGGGAGGGAAAGCAUCCCCAUGGGCCUCAUCUCAACGCGCCCAGGGAGUCCUUCAUGGCAGCAUGACCUCAAUCACAGUACCUUCCAAAUCCCACCUGGCUCUCAGUAUGAUCGAUCCACUUCUGUCCGCCUUCCUUCUGCACCAUCAGGUAACAUGACAGUGAGAUGGAGGGGAAUGACAAUGAGAAGGAUGAGCAUGUUUCCUAACGGGGAUCCUACCCAUGUAGCCUUCACAGAGGACGCCAUCAUGAACGAGAUGGAGAAUGAGGAACAAAACCUGGUCAAGGAGCUCGUUGCCCUGUCAACACAAGACCGAAUCCGGGCCAUUCGGGACCUUCCGAUGAGCGUUGACGAAAAGAAACAUAUCAGGAGCCAAGUGCUGGCGUUUAAGUCUUCCAAGCAAUCUCGCCAGUUCACGUGUUUUGCAGAUUGCUCUGAGAAUGUGUCACUGUCUUUCCGCAGGUGCGGCUACAGUUUUAGGUCAGCCAAGCAGACCCUGGAGCUGUGGCACGGCAUCAUGAAAGAGAUUGGUGGCACUUUUGGCACCAGUGUCCUCUCUUAUUUUGUGUUCCUCAAGUGGCUACUUAUGUUCAACAUUUUCUCCUUCCUGGUCAACUUUGGCUUCAUCACCAUCCCGCUGCUUGUUUCUGACCACUCACCCAACAUACCUCCCAAUGUGAGCUUCAGAGGACUGGAGAUACUGACUGGAGCUGGAUAUUUCCAAUACACUGUCAUGUACUACGGUGGCUACAGUAAUGAAACCAUGGUGGGUCUGUUGGAGUACAACAUGCAGCUGGCCUAUUUCUUUACCAUUGCAAUCUACAUGGUUUUGUGUGGAAUCGCACUUAUCUUUAGCAUGGCCAGCUCAUUCAAGAAGAACUAUGUACUAGCAGACCCAUCUUCAAACAAAGCAUGGCAGCUUCUGAGCAGCUGGGAUUUUAGUAUUACCAAUGAGAGAGCAGUGAGACAGCGCAAGAAUAAUCUACGCGUCCAACUCAAGGAGUCUUUGUCAGACAAGGCCCAGAGGGAGCGGCUAACCCUCUCUGAAAAGCUGAAACACUUUGGGGUUUAUCUGGGUUUCUGGCUCCUCUCCACCAGCUUGGCUGUUGGCUGUGGAGCUAGCAUCUAUUAUCUCUGCCAAUACGAAGAGCAGCAGGCAACAGAUAUUGCCAACUGGUCUCCGCUGCAGGAGGCAGAGACUCUUCUGGUUCCCUUUGUGGUGUCUCUGAUGAAUCUGAUUGUCCCACUCUUCUACUCCCUCUUCAACAAGUUUGAGCACUACUCCAGCCAGCGCAGACAGAUCUACGCUGUGGUAGUCAGAAAUGUUUUACUCAAGAUGUCCAUUUUGGCUGUCUUGUGUUAUUAUUGGAUGACAGUGGUGGCAAAUAAGUUUUUGUGUUGGGAGUCCAUGGUGGGACAGGCUUUAUACCGUCUGGUCAUUUUUGAUUUCCUUUUCCUGAUGUUGGGAUCCUUCUUUGGAGAGUUUCUUAGCAAUGUGAUUGGAACACGACUACUACCACGUCUGGGGGUUCCAGAGUUUGACGUAGCCAGAAAUGUCCUCGAACUUAUCUACGCACAGACUCUGGCUUGGAUUGGAAUAUACUUCUCUCCUCUGCUGCCUGCCAUCCAGAUCUUUAAAUUGUUCAUCUUGUUUUACAUAAAGAAGGUCAGCCUGACCAAGAACUGCCAGCCUCCGCGGCGAUCAGGCAGAGCAGCUCAGAUGCAAACCAUCUUCAUCGCCCUCCUCUUCUUCCCCUGCUUUGUGGGAGCCCUGUCCAUGGUUGCAUACACCACCUGGAGACUGACUCCCUCAGGAGAGUGCGGCCCUUUUCGGGGACUCAACAACACCUUCAAUGUGGUUGGAGUCUGGAUACAUGAUCUUGAGACGAUCCCUGGUUCUCAGUGGGUCGUAUGGAUCUACGAAAAUGUCAUCAGAAGUGAAAUCUUCUUCUUUCUAAUCUCACUCAUCAUCCUAGUCAUCAUAUAUAUCUUCUGGCAAGUCAUUCAGGGCCGCGAACAGCUUAUUGGUCUACUGAGACAACAGGUUGUUAAUGAAGGGAAAGACAAGUCCUUCUUGUUAGACAAGCUCCAGAACCUCCAGAAAUCUCAGCCUGACAAAAAAUCCAAACAGAACACUCAAAAAAAGCACACCAAACGGCAUUUAGAUGAACUCUCCUUAGGCGGUCAGUCCAACUCAAACGCCAUGGUUCAGGCAUUCCUUGCCCACCAGCAGCUGGAAGAAGAAGAGGAGAGACGCGACACUGGCGGAGUGCCCGUUCCCGCCGACAUCACCACUUCCAGCGCUCUGAUUCAGGCUAUGUUGGCCCGUCAGAGAGCUUACGACCAGGAUGGAGACGAACACCUGUCAUCCUCCAGCGCCCUAUCACAGGCCAUGCAAGCCAGGCAGAGGGCGGAGGGUCAAGAGAUGGAUGAAUACUACAGCACAGAAUUUUCUGAAAAUCCUGUCAACACAUCCAGCGCUGUCGCACAGGCGAUGCAAGCCAGACAAAGAGCAGAGGAGGAUGGAGCCGAUGACUUGCAAUCUUCUGUGUCGAGUGUUAUGAUGCAAGUCAUGCAGGCCAGGCAGAUGGCAGAGGAAGAGGACAGGCCUGAGUGGGUCCCAGCUCCCACACAAAACCCAUCUCCCGCUGGCUCAAGCGCUCUCAUACAGGCCAUGUUGGCCCGGCAGCAAGCCCAGAAUGAGUACGAUGACGGUUACUGACCAAAGGGCUCUGACUUUAUCUUAUCUGAGGGGGGGGGGGGGACAGAACUGAAAGGAAAAACAU